CCACGACUCCCAACGAUGAGCGCCGAUUCCGACGGGGAGAGGAGGGUGUGGGUACGCGCGCGGGCGCGGAUGCGCGCACGCGGUGUCGGUGCCGGCAAUGGGAAUCGGAGAACGGGGCUACACGGAGGAGCGGAGAAUCGGAGAGUAGGAAGCCGGAACGGUAGCGCCUGGGAGGAGGAGGAGGCCUUAGAUUCGGCUAACGUUGCAUGUGACAUGGCAACAACUUGUUCAAGUAGCAAUCAAAAUGGAAGAUCACAGUUGCACGUAACUGUUGCUUCUGCAAAGUUAAAAAGAAGAAAGAAUUGGUUUGGAACUGCAGUCUAUGUGGAACUAUCAGCAGAUGGAGAACUAAAGAAAUCUGCAAAAUCAAAUAGUUCAUCCAAUCCAAAAUGGGAUGAGCACUUAACAAUGAAUGUAACACCACACACCAAAUUGGAGUUUAAAAUCUGGAGCCAUCAUACAUUAAAAUCUGAUGCUUUAUUAGGGAAAGCAACCUUAGACAUUGGCCAAGCUUUGGAGGUGCACAACAGAAAAUUGGAGAAUGUUAAAGAAGUAUUGAAGCUGACAUUAGAAAAUAAGACUGGGGUAGUACAAACUGGUGACUUGACUGUUUUCCUUGAUGGAAUGACAGUGGAUCAGGAAUCCGUACCCAAUGGCAAUACAUCAGCAACCAAAGUUCAGCAGAAUGGAGAUGCCAUCCACGUAAAUGGAGGUGAAUCUUCUACAAGGGCUAGAACAAGAUCGAACACCGAAACCUUCAACUGUGCAGAUAGUCCAUCAACAAGUUCUUCUCGGCAAUCUGCAGCCAGUUCUCCAGUAAUGAAUGGAGAAAGCAAUCGUUCUCCUUGUCUUGCAGCAGCCAGGCCGAAAAAUACAACAUCACCAAAAGACUCAGCUUCUCCAUCUACAAGUGCUACUGUAAAUGGAGAAGCAGUAUCAUCAUCACGACCGCUAACGCCUCCAUCAGCAUCAUCCUCAUCUUCACCAACAAUAACAGCAACUGUGACUGCUGGCAGUGGAGUUAUUACAGAAUCCACAGAGACUUCAACCCCCAUUGUUUGCACUACUACAACUAUUACUACUACUAGUACAACUUUACCUUCUAUGUCUGCAGCGAGCUCAACAGAAACAACCACAGCUGCUGUAGGCAUUAACACAACUUCAUCACCGAGUACGUCCAUUGGUGCAGCUGCUGAUGUUCCUUCAGCAGCCACAGCCACAGACACUGCAGCCAGAAGCAAUACAGGAGUAGACAGUGGAAAACCUAGACACACAACUUCAAACACAUCUGCAGGGCCUGUAAGACAACAGCCAAACAGCAUUAACAUAGAACCACUGCCAGCUGGGUGGGAGCAGAGGAAGGACCCACAUGGUAGAACGUAUUAUGUUGAUCACAACACGAGAACUACAACAUGGGAGAGACCACAGCCUCUACCACCAGGUUGGGAAAGGCGUGUGGAUGACCGAGGCAGAGUGUACUAUGUAGAUCAUAAUACCAGGACAACAACAUGGCAACGUCCUACAAUGGAAUCAGUCAGGAACUUUGAACAAUGGCAAUCUCAACGGAAUCAGUUACAGGGAGCUAUGCAGCAAUUCAACCAACGAUACCUCUAUUCGGCUUCAAUGUUAUCAGCAGAAAAUGAUCCACUUGGUCCUUUACCACCGGGCUGGGAAAGGAGGGUGGAUGCAAAUGAUAGAGUUUACUUCGUGAAUCAUAAUACCAAGACCACUCAGUGGGAGGAUCCAAGAACGCAGGGAUUGCAAAAUGAAGAUCCACUUCCAGAAGGCUGGGAAAUUCGAUAUACAAGGGAAGGUGUCCGAUAUUUUGUUGAUCACAAUACACGAACAACUACCUUUCAAGACCCUCGGACAGGGAAAUCAUCAGUCGCAAAGGGCCCACAAAUUGCAUAUGAACGUAGCUUUCGGUGGAAGUUAGCACAUUUCCGGUAUUUAUGCCAGUCUAACGCAUUGCCCAGUCAUGUAAAGAUCACAGUUUCUAGGCAGACCUUGUUUGAAGAUUCCUUUCAACAAAUCAUGGCCUUAAAACCAUAUGACCUUCGAAGGCGAUUAUAUGUAAUUUUCAGAGGAGAAGAAGGGCUGGAUUAUGGUGGUUUGGCCAGAGAAUGGUUCUUUCUACUGUCGCAUGAAGUGUUAAAUCCAAUGUACUGUCUUUUUGAAUAUGCUGGAAAGAGUAACUAUUGUUUGCAGAUAAAUCCAGCAUCCACGAUUAAUCCAGAUCACCUAUCCUAUUUUUGUUUUAUUGGACGAUUUAUUGCAAUGGCGCUUUUCCAUGGAAAAUUUAUUGACACCGGAUUCUCACUACCGUUCUACAAACGUAUGUUGAACAAAAAGCUCACAAUUAAAGAUCUGGAAUCUAUUGACCCUGAAUUCUACAAUUCCCUUAUCUGGAUUAGGGAUAACAAUAUAGAAGAAUGUGGCCUGGAAAUGUAUUUUGCUGUUGACAUGGAAAUUUUAGGAAAAGUUACCUCCCAUGAACUGAAGCCAGGAGGAUCAAACAUCUUAGUAACAGAGGAAAAUAAAGAAGAAUACAUUGGUCUCAUGGCAGAAUGGCGAUUUACUCGUGGCGUGGAAGAACAGACCAGAGCUUUCCUGGAUGGCUUCAAUGAGGUAGUACCUCUACAGUGGCUCCAGUAUUUUGAUGAAAAAGAGCUAGAGGUUAUGCUCUGUGGCAUGCAGGAAGUAGAUCUUACGGAUUGGCAGAGGAAUACCGUCUACCGGCAUUACACCAGAAACAGUAAACAAAUCAUUUGGUUCUGGCAGUUUGUGAAAGAGAUGGACAAUGAAGUACGUUUACGAUUGAUGCAGUUUGUCACUGGUACCUGCCGCUUACCAUUGGGAGGAUUUGCUGAGCUUCUAGGGAGUAAUGGACCUCAAAAGUUUUGCAUUGAAAAGGUUGGUAAAGAAACAUGGCUGCCCAGAAGUCACACUUGCUUUAACCGCUUGGAUUUGCCACCUUAUAAAAGUUAUGAACAAUUAAAAGAGAAGCUUCUUUUUGCAAUUGAAGAAACGGAAGGAUUUGGACAAGAAUAGAUGCAGCACAAUCUUGAUGCUAAGAGAUGGCAUCACAAU